GCGUAGAGUAAUCUAUUCACGACAGUUAUCCUUGGCUUCAUUCCCAACCAAGUGCUCAGUUAGUCGGCGUCAAUAAAAGCAGACGGGAACACGGGAUAACCUAAACAUGCAGUAAAAACACCCGGCUCGAACCACAAUGGAAAAUGGUUGAAUUCUGUGCAGUUAACUGCGUAAUGGUGGUACUACAUAAUAUACAUUGGUGUGUUUGACGUAGGCUAACAGUUUUUAACUUACUAGGAUUUUUAUAUUAUCAGCUGUAAAAAUCGAAGUGUCGAAUAAAUUAUUAGGGUGGCUUCCUACAAUAGUAGCAUAGGAAGGAUUAACCCCCACCAUGCAUGGCUACAAAAAUGUUCUGCGAGUAACUAUUAUGGGACUCGUUAUACUUGAAGUGACCCUGGGGAACCAAUACUACACUGACAGAUGGGCAGUACAUGUAGAAGGUGGGGAAAAAAUAGCCCGUUCCCUGGCCGAAAAAUACGGAUUUGUUUAUCUUGAUCAGAUUAUGCCAGAUUAUUAUCAUUUUCAACAUAGAAAAGUUGCAAAGAGGUCGAUACGACCAAGUAAUUAUCACCAUCGUAACUUAGCUACAGACCCCAAUAUAAAAUGGUUAGAACAACAAAUAGCCAAGAGAAGAGUAAAAAGAGAUUUACAUUUUAAUGAUCCCAAGUGGCCUAUCAUGUGGUAUCUGAAUCGUGGACGAGGUUUAGAUAUGAAUGUGUCACAUGCAUGGAGUAUGGGUUAUACUGGUAAAGGAGUAGUUGUAACAAUAUUAGAUGAUGGUAUUGAAAAAGAUCAUCCAGAUCUCAAAAAUAAUUAUGAUUAUCAUGCUAGUUAUGAUGUAAAUGGUCAUGAUCCCGACCCCCAACCAAGAUACGAUUAUUCCAAUGAAAACAGACAUGGCACAAGGUGUGCAGGGGAAGUGGCAGCUCAAGCUGAUAAUGGUGUGUGUAAUGUAGGUGUGGCUUUUAAUGCUAGAAUAGGAGGUGUGCGAAUGUUAGAUGGUGAUGUAACCGAUUCUGUAGAAGCCCAGUCCUUAAGUUUAAAUCCACAACAUAUAGAUAUAUACAGUGCUAGUUGGGGACCUGAUGAUGAUGGUAGAACAGUUGAUGGUCCAGCUACUCUAGCUAGGAAAGCUUUUUAUGAUGGCAUAACAAAGGGUCGGGAUGGUAAAGGUUCUAUUUUUGUAUGGGCAUCGGGUAAUGGUGGUAGAGAUGGUGAUAAUUGUAACUGUGAUGGUUAUACUAACAGUAUCUAUACACUAUCUAUAAGUAGUGUGACAGAGAAUGGUAACAUUCCUUGGUAUUCAGAGGCUUGUUCUUCGACAUUAGCAACAACUUAUAGUAGUGGAUCUGGUGGUGAAAAACAAAUUGUUACAACAGAUUUACGCAAGACAUGUACAGAGAAUCAUACGGGUACUUCAGCAAGCGCUCCUCUUGCUGCUGGUUUAAUAGCUCUUGGAUUAGAAGCAAAUGACAAACUUACAUGGAGGGACAUGCAGCAUAUUGUAGUAGAGACUGCUAAACCUGAUAGAUUAAAAGCUAAUGAUUGGGUAACAAAUGGAGUUGGAAAAAAUGUGAGCCAUUCCUUUGGUUUUGGAUUAAUGGAUGCAGGAUCUAUUGCUGCAUUAGCUAGAAACUGGACAACCGUCCCUGCUCAACAUAUAUGUGAAAUCCGGUCACCAGACCAUAAUAGAAUCAUACCAACGAAUGGAAAGAUAACUGUUCCAUUACCUACUAAUAGCUGUCAAGGAACUGCUAACCAUGUUAAAUAUUUAGAACAUGUACAAGCACGAAUUACAAUGACCUCAUCGCGGAGGGGAGAAAUCCAGAUUUUCUUGACAUCUCCAGCUGGUACUCGAUCUACCUUGCUGGCUAAACGUAUUAGAGACACUUCUCGUGAAGGAUUCAAUAAUUGGGCUUUCAUGACUACUCACAAUUGGGGAGAAUAUGCCGAGGGCACAUGGAUUUUAGAAAUAGAAAAUGGCGCCAGUUCAUCUCGACCUGUAAGAUUGAGGGACUGGGUGCUAGUAUUAUAUGGAACUGAUAGACAUCCGUGGAGGAAAAAAGUCCCAGCCCGUCCUCACCGUGCUCCUCCUACCAGAAGGCCAAUGUUAAUCUACCCUUCCCAAAAACCUUAUACAACUAGACCCUCAAUAAAGAGCACCAUGCAUACCAACAACUGGCCUUCCAAUCGUAAGAUUUGGCACCCGUAUCACCGCAAAUUCUGGGAACCUUAUGUGCCAUUCAAUUCCAAGUCUUCCACCUAUGCACGACACAGAUCACACCAUUUGCCCCAUCCUGCCCACAUGUGUGUGUACGAAACUCUUGCCAAAAAGUCCAACAUUUCUGCACUGCAGUAUAUUAGGAUGAUUCGCCCAAAUUUAACUGCAGCCGAGUUAAAAGAAUGGACAUUAGUGGUGAUUGGAACUGGUACCCACCCAAUCAAGGACAAUAACACACCUCCAGUAAAUGUUGGCACUGCCUUCACAUGUCGUGGUGUCAAGUCCAAUGGCAUUUGUAUAGGUCUGUUGCUCUUUCCUAUUGUUUUAGCAGAACUUUUUGGCAGAAUUUUACAGCACAUUCCACACACUUUGUUAUAGCAGGGUGACCUUGUGUUAUGUUAGGGCUAGGGCAGGGGUAUAGAUUUUACCGGGUUUUGUUUUAAUCUGCAUGGAUCACACUAGCCAAUUAAUUGCAAAUGCCAAUUGAGUUUUAAUCUACUUGAAAAUAACACAUACACAAGAUAGGAAGCUGCUUUUGGAUAAAAAUAGCACUGUGUUAUUUGUAAAAAUUGCUUUCAUCUUGAGAAAAGAAUUUCUUCUGUAGAUUUUAUUGAUUUGAAGACAAAAAUGUAUUGCUUUUGGAAAGUUUUGAUGAGAAAAGGGUCAUUCAAUGCAAUUUUCCAGAACAGAACUGUCACGAUUACAUUUCCUUCACAGCAUAGAUAUUCGUGUUUAGAUACUUCUAGUUAAAUGUCUGCAGAGAAAGCAAUGAAUCUAUAUGUACAAUCAGAAAUGUCAUUGAGGGCAAUAAAUUGACCUUUAACUGAAUGCAAUAGUAAAUCAGUGUAGGUUUAAAUAUGAUAGCAAUCAGUUUUGAUAAACAUGAUCAAAUAUCUGUGGAUUAUUAAUUAUUUCUAAGUAAGGAAUUGAUUAUUUUCAUUGGCCAGUACAAGAACAUAUUCUGGAUUAAAAUGAUAUUUUUUUACAAAUACAUGCAUUCUUCUUUUUAAAAGUAAAUUUAGAUAAAAAAAAAAAGAAUAAAUGUCUUCCAAUAUCUGAUAAUCUUGCCAGACUUGCUAGUUUACAGUCAUGCCUAGUCCUUGAUAGGCUCUAAUGUCAUAUAAAUAAACUGGAUGAAGUUCCAUACCCUAAUGAUGAUAAAAUGAUAGCCAUGAAAAGUUCUGAAAGUUAUCUAUAAUGGUUUUACUAUUACACUGAUCAAGCUUUUGUCAUUUAUUAGAUGUCUCUUUCUUUCAUCUUAAAUCAUAAUGAUUUGCCAGAAUAUGACUCUCCUAUAUGAUGCAGACAAGUUGAAUAUUUAAUAAGCCAUUGUAAUUGUUGGCUCUUUUUGAAAAAAAAAUGCAGACCAUUUUUAAAUGCUAUACUUUAAAACAAAGGUUAGUAUGCUGGUAAUUUGCCAACAGAAAACAAAAUUCUAAAGAUUCUCAAGUUACUAUAAACUUACAUAUAUACAACUUGGAAGGAUUUGGUGAAUGGACGGAUAUCUUAAAAAUAUAGGUCUUUGUUGUCAAAACAUUGCUUUUACAUGUAAAAUUGCCAUGACAACAAAUAUUUUGAAUGGCAUGCUUAAUUAUCUGUACUGGUAGUUGAAAAGUUCAUUAUCUGGCAAGUUGAAGAACAUUUUGUUCCAUUUUUCCUCAACAACUACAAAAUAUUCUAGGAUUGAACCACAGCAUACAAUUAUCAUGCUAGUAAUGACCUGAAGAUCAUGCAAUAUUGCUAUGUAGAGUAAAAAAAAGCAUCAGAUACUGAAUCAAAAACUUAGCUAUAAUGGUUCCAUCCUGGAAAUAUCAACUUUAGAAGCACCUUUCUAUGCAAAAUAUGUUUAUAUUUCCUUUUUGAUUUCUAAAUUCUUUGGUUAUAUUUCUGGUCAUAUUUAAUUUAUUAUUAUUUCAUCUGUUUCUAAAAUAAAAAGUUCAUGUUAAUUUAUUAAGAAAUGGAAAAUGUAGUAUGGGACCACAUUUAAGUUUGUUUUGGCAGCUUCAUAUGAAAAUGGCAAUUUCACAGGAUUCCCAUAAUUAUAACAAACAAAUAUUAUCUAACCAGGAAGGUGUAGUGAAUAUUCAAAAGAAAUCUGACUCUUAAUUCAAUGGGUUAAUAAUGAACAAUAAGCCUAAUAAGUUUAUGACUUAGAACUGAUAUUAGCCCGUUCUUGACAGCAUUCAUGUAAGUAAAUACAAGAAAUGAGUUAGCAUAAGAUAAAUGAAAUAUGAUAGAUAAAAUGUACAGUUUUCUAUAUAUUAUUAAUUUCAAUGUUAAAAUGUGAUAAAUGUUUGUUUUCAUAAAUGUUCUCAUAUUUUGGAGAAAUUGUAGCGUUUUGUAAAUAUUGGGAAAGUGUGUGGUAAUUUAUUGUUAUUCAUUGUUGUUUAAGUUUAAUAAUGAUAUAAUGUAAUAUAUGAUAUACCUCAGAAAUAUAUGAAUGGUAUAUGUAAAUAUAUAUAUCUAUAUCAUUCUAUAUGGUCUCGUAUCAAAAUGAGUUAGUCCCUCAUAUACAUAUAUACUAUCAAAUUUUAAAAUAUACACUGUACAUAAUUCAGAGUCUUGAUUGCACCUCUUUGUUUUGGGUAUCAAUCAUUCUAAGGGCUUGUGAACACAUAUGUGAUCAAAAACCUAGAAGAUGUUCUUAUUACUGGUAAAAGUGUAAAUAAAUUAACAUAAUAUCAACAUAUACUCUAACUCUAGCUGAUUAAUGUAACUUCUCUGUAUAUAUACAAGAAAUCUCUUCCUAAAAUGAUAUUAAACUCAUAAUAAUAAACACAUACAUUUUCAUUUAUAUAUGGCUUAUAUAAUGCUAUUUUUAUUAUCAUUUAUUUAUUCCCCACCUCAUUUUCAUCGACAAUAUAACAUGAUUUUAUUUAAUGUUUGAUUUUUUAUCCAUAUUGUGUUGUGCCAAAUUUAUGAACAUAUUUUAAUUUAAAGUGCUUCCAGAUGGAAUUAUACAAAAUCUUAAAUGAAAUCCAGUUUUUAUCCUGAAAAUAUUUCUAUAAUUGAUUGUAAAGCAUAUUCAUAUUCAAGUCAAUAUAACUUAGAUAUUGACAUUAUAUAACUAAGUUAUUUCAUAUCCCACCAUUUUCAAAUAAUAUUGGGUGCUAUUUCAAAACCUAUUAAACCUAUGAACAACAACUAUGCCUUUUCCCAUUUUAAAAUCAAUAGGAAUCAUUAAUCAUGUGAUACUGCGCAAAUAUAGCACUACAGUAUAGAGAUAAUGGAACUAGUUUCAUUCUACUCUGUUUUAACACAAUUUUUCAAUAAAUAAAAUGUGAAAAAGAUAUUGUUUUAAAUUACCUAUUAUUUUAUUCUACAUGCUGGUAACCCCGUAUUAGCUUGAUAACCUUGAGAGAUAACUCUUCGAAACGCCGCCCAAAUAAAUAAGUAGCUGUUUUUCCAUAAGUAUGUGUUAUAGUUUUUUGCUCUACCGAGUUACUAAAUGCCUCUAAAAGAUUAUGCCGGUAACCAGUUAUUGAAUAUUGAGUAAUAGUGUUUUGUCCUUUAAACAUACAUGCAUAAUUCAUUCAACAUCAUAUCAUUAAGACUUUGUAUAUAUUUUAUAAUUAAAGAUUAAAAAGGUUGUGUUGAAUAUGUACAUAUAAAAUACAUGUGAAAACUAGUUUUGAGCUUUCCCUUAGUCUCUUUGAAUAAAGACAAACUUAAAACUUUCACGUUCCUAUUAAAUUAAUGAAGAGUACUUUGUGGAAAUUAAUUGCUGAUUGGAAAUAAUUUAAUGAGUUUAUCUGAGCUAUGUGAACCGUAAUCAAUUAGUGGUUGGAGAUUUAUUUCUCACAUUUAGCUGACUGUAGCAUUGACUACACACCCUAGGUGAUGCUAGGGAUUAACAUUGUAUAGUUUUAUUUCCUUAAUUCUCUUAUGCAAAAGGGAUUUUUACAGUGGAAGGAAACUAGAAAUAAGGGGUAUUCAUUGAAGUUAGGCAGAAGACCCUAUUUCUCGUCAAGAUCGAAACCACAAUACUUCACUCAAUGAGGGACUAAGCUGUACACAGUAGAUCACAUGGCCACCAAACCCCUAUUUGUUCAGUAUUGCUAAUUCAUCUCAAAGAUGGUUUGUAUGAUAAGUACAAUUAAUUAGAAUUGUUGACCCAGUUGCAACCAGGUGACAAAUUCAAACCUGUUUAAACCUUGCUAGUUAUCUAAAAGGAAGGAUGUCGUUAUUAACUUUAGAAUCUCGACUAGACAUUGAAAUGUUACUAUCUCAGUUUUUAAAUUGAAAAAUAAAUUCCCCACGCCAAAAAUAGUCAUUAUCUGAUUACUAAUAUGAGAUAUAGACACUCCUUUAUUUUAGUAUGAAGAUCAAAGGGCUUGCUUGUACUUCAAUUUCUAGUACCAUCCAAUAUGUUUGAAAUUCUAUUUCCGCUAAAGCAGUCACCUACUUGUUGAUCACUUUAUUUACUGUUAAUCGUUAAUUACAUAGUUAAAAUAGUUGUCCCUCCCACAUAUAAAUUAGAAAACAGCUUUAACCACAAACAUUAAGUAUUGGUUAUGACAUGAAAGUUUAGGUUUGUCUUGAUAUGUUAAUUAAAAGUGCAAUAGUUAUAGAUUUAAAUAUGUUUAUUAUAAGCUAGUCAUUCUGUUAGAUACUUAAUAGACAGGAUCAUAAAACAAUGCUAAAAAUUAUUUAAAGAUACAUUAUGGAAUAUUAGACAACAAGUUGGCAGUUCACACUAUAAUAGUUAAAAACUAGGCAACGUAAAGGCAAUUUGCUGAAAAUUUCAGUCAAAUUGAUCCACUAUGAACCGAGAAAUAAGCGAUCAAAAGUUCUGCAUAGCCUCGAUCAUCAUUACUAAAGUCGGUACUACAAAAAUCAUAGUCUCGAUUAUCCAUUUAAUCGUUAAAUCGAGAAGGAAAGUUAUGCAGCAAAUCGGAUCAUAAUCCAACAAAUAUCGCAGGCUAGCAUUGACAUCGAGAGUUGAUUAUGGUCUGGAUACGUUAAUUAAUGUCUAAUUAAUAGUUUAUAUAACAUUUCAGGCCUAAAGAAAGACCUACAAUAGGCAGAUUUAGCUCUUGCAUAAUGUAUGUUUAACAUUCUCAAAUUGUUUGUAGUGUAAACAUUUAGCUUAAACAGGAUAAAAUAGUAUGCUGUAGAUGCAUUAUUUAAGAUUUAGAUAAUGAGUUGGCCGAUCUCGCUACACUCAUUCAAAAAUAGAUGAUGAAAUAAUGAUAAAUUGAAAAAUUUCAGUCAAAUUACUUUAUUCUGAGCAAAGUUAUGAAUGUUUGAAGUUUUGACAAGAUGUAGCCUUAAUAGUCUUGAUUUUCAAGUACAGUUACUGCGAUACUAAACAAAGUCUUGAUUGUCCAUUUUAACGUUUAACGAAUAUAUGGCAGACAUUAUCUAAUCCAUUUAAUAUCUCAGCUAUCUGAUGAUCUAGAAAGUUAUCGGCUGUACAUAUGAAUAAAUGUCUUAAAAAUUUUUUAUAACAUUUGAAGCCAGAAAAAAGACCUGCAUAAGGCAGAUUUAGCUCAUACAUAAUACAUCUUUAAUGUUUACACUUAGGCUAUCUGAAAAUGGCUUCUUAUCGAUAAAGGUGUGGGUUGUUAGAUUGGUGCUUGCAUUCUUCUAUCAGAUCUUUGAAACAUAAUAACUUUACUUCUAGUGCUUGGAUUUUUAUUAUAUCUUCAAAGUACAAACAUUAAUGACAGCUACGAAUAUUUAAUUAGUGUACUAUAAUCUAAUUUGAAAAGCAAUACCAAUAAAAUUUGGAAAACACCUUCAUUGUAUCAAACAAUCACCAAAAUUCGAACAUGCAUAUUUGAUUAACCUUCUGUUUGAUGCUUAGUAACAGUUCAGACCGCAAUUCAAUUGGGCAGGAAGCCAAAAAGUACUUGUGAGUUAUGAUAUUUUGAGUUCUUUUUUAAAGAAGACAAAAAAAAACCCUCCAAAAAGCAUCUUAGAUCUAUGGUCCUGUCUGUUAAAAGAUUUAGUUUGUUAGAACUCUUAACAGUGUAUUCUUAAUGUUAAGUUUCAAAUUUACAUGUUGAAUUUUGUUAAAUUUCACGUGAGAAAUGAUAUUUGUUUAAAUACAUUUAACUAUUAAUUAUCAACUGUUAAUUUGUUAAUAUUCUAUGGGUUAAAAUGUAUAUCUUUUAAUUAUAUCCAAUUCAUCCAAUCAGUUCAAUCAGAAUUUUAUCAUUGUAUCAUUUCUUAAUUCAUUAUUUAAAAUUCACUGAAAAUGAAAAUAAAACAUUUGAAUAAUACAA